UACUGGCGCCAGUGUCCCUAGUGCGCUGGGUGUACGUUAUAAACCUUUAAUAUUUAGCGUUACUUGCUGUGUAGGGCUGCUUUGCUACUCCUGCUUGCAGAGUUUCCUAUGAAAUCCCUAUGCAAUAGCACAGCCUGUGGCCUGUGGGGCAACACCAGCCGUUUUAUGUUUAGUUUUGAAAGGAUUGGCCAUCGCAACUGUGUCUUACCUGGCCUGGAGAAAUGUGGGGUCAGUACAAAUAUACUGCUCUGUCCAUGGGACUAGAUGAGGGCCACUUACCGCAGUCUCAUAAAUCAGUUCCAUCUGAUACCUGGCUGAUGUGGUGUUGCCAUACAGCAAUAUCCUGCCUGUCACUCCUCUUCCUUAUUGUCACCUUCCCAUUGUCAGCAUGGUGCUUUCUAAAGAUGGUGCCUGAUUACCAGCGCAUUGUCAUAUUCCGGCUUGGCCGCGUACAAGCUGCACGAGGUCCUGGGUUGGUUUUGUUGUUCCCCCUUAUUGAUCAGUUUCAGAGAGUGGACAUGAGAACAAAAGCCUUUAGUGUACCACCAUCCAAGGUGAAAUCCCGUGACGGUGUUCUGGUGUCCAUGGGAGCAGAUAUCCAGUUUUGCAUUUGUGAUCCCGUACUUUCUGUCCUAUCUGUCCAGGAUCUGAAUUUUGUCACUCGUAACACAGCACAGAACCUAAUGACACAGAGUCUUGGACGCAAAUAUUUGCGGGAGAUUCAAAAUGACCGGGCACGCAUAGCCGAGCACCUGAAGGAGGACCUAAAUGAGCAAGUAAAGCCUUGGGGACUCUGUGUAGAGCGUGUUGAACUGGCACUAGAAUCCAUCUUACAAACCCCUGAAAAUGCUUUGAUUGUGCCCCCAGUAACACCAGCUGUACCUUGUGGUGGAAUCGAUCAAUUGCUCAUGCAAUUCCUUGCACUCACAAGACAAAGUUCAGGAAAUGAUAGUCCUUCACUUAAAGACACAGACCUCUCGUUAAAGCAGUUGCUAUCUAAAGUUGAGGCAAGCCUUACAGAGUCAUUAGUGUCUGAAGUGGGUUCUUCCUAUCAGCUGUAUGUGACAAUGCCUGGAGGGCAAAUAUCUGAAUACUUUCUCGAUCUAAAGUCAGGUUCUGGGAACUGUGGUUGGGGUGUCCAUCCUUGUCCAGAUGUUACUUUGGAAAUGACAGAAGCAGACCUCAUGUCCCUUAUAUGUGGAGACUUGCACCCACUCACAGCAUACACUGGUGGGCGCCUGCGUGUGAGUGGAAAUAUACAGACUGCACUUCAACUGGAAAGAGUACUGCGAGCUGCUUGGCAAUGAGGCUUAUUCUAGUUCUGAGUGGCAUUUACCUUUGACUUAAUAUGAAACUGUUUUCAAAAUGUAUUUAUUUUUGAUAGAUACACGUUUUAAUGUUUCUUUUAAUUUAUUCAAAUUAGUCUCCAGGUGAAACUACAUUUUAGAAAAUAUUGGCAGAACUAUAAGUGCAUCUUCUUUUGCUGAAUUAGCAAACUGUAAAUAUAUAUAUUUAUACAAAAUUAUGGGGACACCUAAAACAAUUUAAUAUCUGGUCUAAAAGUGUCUAACAAAUGUGGUUUGAUAUUUUUAAACUAAAGCAUAGCAUAUACUAGUUGGCACCCAGUGUGCUUCAUUUUAGUCAAAAAUCCAAUAAUUAUACCUUAUAAACAGAUUACUUUAACUAGCUCUUUAUACAACAAAUCCUAAGGGCAAAGUCAGAUCUGGCAUACGGUCUGCUUCUCUCUGUCUGUGUUUUGUAGGUAGGCAGAGGGAAGCAGAUCCGCUUUUACCAGAUGCUCUGUGUAGCUGCACUAACAGGCACAGCUUUGGCCUGAGUGCAGCUACCUGGAGGCCAACGUGAAAAAUGCGAAAGCAGCCUUUUUCGGGCUGAUCAGGCCUCCACUCAGGCUGAUACUGUGCCUGUCAGUGCAGGUACACAGAGUAGCUGAUGAGAGUGGAUCCACUUCUCUCCUCCUGCCUACAGGCGGAGAGAAGCGGACCAUAAAUCAGGUCUGACUUUGCCCUAAUUCUGUAUAUUUUGCCAGUACAAGGUCACCCAGUUUUUACCAUUUUGUUUCAUAACAAAAAUAUUAGUGUUCUUCUACACUAGUGAUCCCCAACCAGUGGCUCGGGGGCAACAUGUUGCUCUCAGUGCCCCCAAACCAGGUAGUUGUUUUUGAAUUCCUGACUUGGUGGCAAGUUUUGGUUGAAUAAAAACAAGAUUUACUACCAAAUAAAGCCUCCUGUAAGCUGAUAGUGUGCAUAGAGGCUACCUAAUACCCAGUCUUAGCCCUUAUUUAGCACCUCCAUAAACUUUUAUGAUACUUGUGCUGCUCUACAAGUCUUUUUACAUUUGAUUGUGGCUCGAGAGUAAGAAUGGUUGGGGACCCCUGUUCUACACAAUGAAAGUAAUGUAAUUCAAACCAGCUUUCUAGUCUGUAUUAAUUAAUUAACAAUGUCUCAGGAGUCAGUUCUCCCCUGGCUAGCUUGCUACUUUGUUUAGAACAGGGGUCUCCUACCUAAAUAAAGAGCAUAGGGGUAUUCUGGUACAGCAGCAAAAUACCUCUAACUUUCUGACUGUUAAGAAUAAUACUUGGAUGUGAUGUCCUUAUUUGCUGAUCUUAGUUCAUAUACAACCAAUGAUAGGCAGGAAAAAAUGUUUGUGUGAAUGGGCUCUGUUGGCAACUUUAAUGAGAUCUCCAAACUAAACAUUUUUUUGUGUAAUAAAAAACAAUGUAUUUCUAAGGAACUUCCCAAUAUACAUUAAUUAAAAAUAUUGAUUGGUCUUAAAGUAAUAUUUUAAUUGUCAUUAAAAGCAGCAUCUGUUUGGCUUUUUUUGUAGCUUUUCUUUUGUCUGUUUAUAUUCUCUGCACUACAGGUUCUGACUUUUGAAACAAUGUAGCAGAAUCCAGCUGAUCCACAGACCUGGAGGACAACUUAUUUGUGACACUGUUUCUGGUGUCAGGACCAGAGAGCAGAAAAAGAUAUUUACAGGACAACUGGGAACAUUCUUUUUGAAUGUAUAUUGGAAAGCUGAUUAGAAUUACAUUUUCUUUUA